AUGGCAGUAUCGUCCGGACCGGACGUGGUCGACCCGAUCAAGGCAUCGACUCUCCUCAGCCUUGAAGGAGGAGGAUCGCUGCGACAACCAGCCACUACCACACCACCAAACCCAAGAAACCGAGAGAUUCGAAUUGAUGGAUUGAACAAUAGACUGGCAGCCGUGUGGACUGGUGGUAGGGUGGUGGGUGUGGGCUCGUCCGGUCUCAAUGAGGAUGAUGUUGGUCAAGAAAAGACCUUGCUAAGCCUCCAUAUUGUUGCUGCUACGCUCCUGGGCGAUCAUGCCCGCCGUCAAUACACCAAUCGUCAGUUUUCGAUCAAUGCGUCAGUUCCUCUACCGCCAUUGCCGCCCACUGUGUACACGGUUGUGCCUCACACUUACCAGACCAUUCCUCUUCUGCAUGCGUUACUGGCCGAGAAGCUCUCCGACUCUGCAACCGCUGUUGAACUUCUGAAAGACGUGCGCUUACUCCAGUACUUCGAUUUCGCCGGUUUGGCUGAAGCCCUUAGCGAGGUCAGUGAAGAGAUUUUCCAACGAGUCAACAGCGGCAGCAAAGAAACCUCCAAUGGCAAGGUCAGGGAUGUUGUACUAGUCCAAGGUCUUGGGCAUGCAAUUUCAGCCAUCCAGCGAAGAAGUGGACUUGUACAGGCAAACGCACUUCUUGCCGGUCUCGUGCGAAACAUCACCCAGCUUUCGCGGAUGUCGCCCAAUGUACUCGUCCUUGUAGAUGUUAGUGUGGAGACUGGCUGGCCAGCAAGCGGAGAAGCAAGACAGGAUGCUGCCAAGUCGAAGAGACACAUUGCUGGCAUUGAGCUUGACUCUGCCUUUGCCAGUUCUUUUGGGGAAUGUUUGAGGAUGAUCUGUGGGCAUGAAACCCUGUCAAAGACUUUAGAUGUGGCAUUCGACACAAUGGUCGUGGUGCAUGAUGGACUCGGGAGAGCCGAUGGAGCAGUAAGAGCCCGGAAGAAGGCCGGCCGACGCAUUGUUGAGAUCACGAAGGAUAGAAUGGGCGACUUGUCGGGUUUCUGGGGGAUGUGGUCACUGAAUGACCCCUGA